CAUUGCGGGUGUUUCAAACAAGGUUUUACAGUACUUGAUCCAUAUUGACAUUCUACGUGGGCACGUCUAAAUCAUGUGCGAGCCAUUCUUGGUAAAUGUGAACUUGAACCGAGGUCAAAACGCGCUGUGGCGGUGCUUUUUUUAAUUGCUCGCGAUUUGAUCGCGUUGUUUUGACAAGAGGCGCUGUGAAAAGUGAAAACUUUGACUAAGUGGGACGUUUUUUGUUAUAAGAAUGCAAGAAAGUAGGUGGACGUGGAAAUAAUGCCAUCAUCAAAUAAAGAGUACACUGACGUCACUUUUUACAUGGAUGGUGUUUACAACGACUGAAACUGAGGCUUCGAGCCCAAAAGCACCGAGCAAGUGCUAAGUACGUGUAACAAAAAGUCCGGAUUCCGCUUCGAUAGCCAUGGUCAGAAGGUCAUCGCAGAAAGUAGCUGUAUACGACCUUGCCGUAAGCUUCUCCCUUCUCGACACCUUCCUUCCUGCCCAAGAACUCACGGCCAUCGUCAGUCCAGCCAGCAGUAUCGCAGCUCUUAUCAGUCGUUCGGCGCGCUCUCAGCACACAUUUUCACAUAAAUGGUGGUUUUAGUGACGCAAAGUGAAACUCUUCAUUCGGUGGAUUAUUUUCACUAGAAACAGUCGUGUUCCUCUGCCAUGAAGGGCUGGUUCGAUGCCUUCCGCUACGAUGGAGGUCCCACUCUUUACAGUUUCAAUAACCGAACUGCCGUCACCGGCGACGUGACACUUAUCACAUUCCUCACCAUUUUCAGUACCCUUUAUGUGGCAUUUUUGAUCAUAUUUCCGGGUAUUAGAAAAGAGAGAUUUACCACAUUUUUUGCGGUCACUUUGAGCCUGUUUGUCGGAGCCACCAUUUUAGUGACUCUUUUCGGCUCAGCAUGGCAUGUAGCGACUGCAUCUAUCGUCAGCACUUAUCGGGCGUUUUCCACCGACAAGCUCUCCUCAAAUAUUGGGGUUUACGUAGGACUGAGACAUGUAAAUAUCACUCUUCAAGCAUCUGGUGGUCAUAACUGGACCAGUGAUAUCGACUUCAAUGAGCAGUUUUUGUGGAUCAAUUCGGACCAAAUGGGCGAUAGUUUUCGGGAAGCCAUGGUUCGAGGGCUCCCAUUUCCCAUUCUGACCGUCGCUGAGUACUUUACGAUGGGUCAGGAAGGGCUAUCAUGGGGUGGACAGUACCGGGCGGCUGGGUAUUACGCCAUUAUCAUGUUAUGGACAUCGUUUUCAGUAUGGAUUUUGAUGAAUCUGAUGCUAAUUGUGGUGCCGCGAUAUGGAGCUGUUCUUAUGACAACUUGUGGUUUUUUACUACUUGCCACGGCUUGUGGCUACUUUGGACUGUUACCAGAAACACCCUUGGUUGUGCAUAUUGAGGGUAGUACUCUCCACUUUAGCUUCGGGUGGUGCUAUUGGCUAGUCCUUAUUGCAGGAAGCAUUUGCUUGCUGUCUGGUGUCAUAAUAACCGUCCUGGAGAUCAUCUUCCCGCACAGUUUUUCGACGAUCCUGGAGGUGGAUUAUGACACUCCUUACGACCGUCACAUCAUCAUUGAAGACAGUCGAGGGAGGAGGUUCCAGAAGAAGAGGUCCAGCAAUAGCAAGUUGGAGGAACCGGUGGGAAUCGGCACGAAAAUUCUCCGUCGGUUAUCUUCGAAAACGCGUGAAGAGAAACCGCACGAUUUGCUACCCAACAGCCAUAUCCAAAAUUUCGAGUUGGGGGCAAAAUCGAACUGGUCGUAUCCUCACAGUCAAGACAAUAUCCACAGAAGCAUAUCGCAAGAAUCUAUCACGUCUCCGAGAAAUCUCCCCACGAUUCAUAGAGUCAUCCCUAGGCCCGACAAAAUGCAAGAGGUUUCCAUGUGGUGACGUUGUGUGACUUGACUUGAUUUUGAUUUGAGUGCAAUUUUUAAAUUUUAAGUGAUUUUUCUUGUGAUAUAUGUAAGGAAGUUGUGUGUAAGUUGCCAUAUUUAUACGACGUUUACAAAUUGAAGUGACCGAGGAAUUUGUAAAGAAUUUUAUCGAGCGGAUAUUAUUUAUAAUAAACGUAUUUUGUGCA